AUGCUGAUGGACUCUCUUGGCGCUCGAUCUGGACUAGGUGCAUCAAGAGGCGCCGGUCCAGGUGCUGAGCAACGAUAUACAUUUUCAUCGCAAGAAGAACUCGUCAAUACGAUGCUUCAGUAUAUGUUGAACGCUUACAAUCUGGAUAAAUACAUCCCCUCAGAGAUAUUGAACUAUGGUUGUUGGUGUCAAACCUCACCUGAGCACUUGAAACACCGGCGAGGAACUCCGGUAGAUACCGUCGAUCGAAAGUGCCAGAAUUGGACUCGCUGCCAAAAAUGCAUUCAAAUGGACACUUUUGGACAAUGCAAUCCAACAGAACAAGUUUAUCAAGUUUGUUAUUACGCGAAUUCACAUGGCUGGGAUCCAUCAACUCAAUGUGAGCCAAAUCCAUUCUCUCGAGGUCCACCAGACCAGUGUUGCGGUGAAUUUCCGACAAGAUUCCCAUUUAAUACUGAAGGAGGAACGCGUGGAUGCUGCAACGGCCACACGUUCAACGCCGCAACCCUUGAGUGUUGCGGUACGACUCUCGUCGCAAGCGGUAGCUGCCCUGCAACAACAACUCAACCACCGCCUGAUCCUUGCAAUCCUGAUCCGUGCCAAAACGGAGUGUGCGCGAAUACAGAAGCAGAUACGGGCAUAUCAGGCUCAUUUGUAUGUCUUUGCGAUCCGAACUGGAGUGGUCAAUUUUGUCAUAUUCCUAUCACAACAGAGCCACCACCAACAGUUCCUCCUGCUACUGAUCCUCCAGUAACUGAACCACCGGUCACAGAUCCACCAACGACCCCGACGACAACUGAAACAACGCCAACUACAGAACCAACAACUACAACGAGUACUACGACUACAACAACCACAACAACAACAGAGCCGCCAAGCAAUUGUCCUACCAGUCCUGAUCCUUGUCAGAACGGUGCUGAAUGCGUUCCUGACGGAAAUACGUAUAAUUGCAUCUGUCCACCUGGCUUUCAAGGUCGAAAUUGCGACCGAGUAUGUACACUCAACAACGAACGACUCGACAUCUCGGUGGUUAUUGAUACUUCUGGAUCGCAAGUUGGCGAUAAACAGAGCGCUGUCCAAGAUUUCUUCAGAGAUUUAUUGGCCGAGUUUGACACUCAAACUGUCGUCAAAAUCAGUAUCACUGAUAUCGGAGAUGGUCGAGAAGGCCAGGUUAACACUGUACUGGGUCCAGCGCAGUUUGUUGAUACAUCCGAUAUUAACUCCGCUCUCAAUUCGUUGACUUGGUAUGGCGAGACCACAGCGAUUGCAGACGGUAUCACAGAAGGAGCGUCACAGAUGGAUACUUCGGAUAACGUGAACGAUGUGAUGAUUGUCAUUACUGACGGUUUUGACGGGGAUCUUUCCUCGUUGCAAACCGCAUCUGCUGCAGUAGCUACAGCGGGUAUAACCGCGAUUGCAAUCGGAUACGACGAAAACGGUGGUAUCAUAGGAUCGACUCUUGAAGACAUUGCGAAUGGAGUUUCUGGCAAUGUUCUUGAGGCAACCUCCACCUCUGAGCUACAGGGACUGUCAACUUCUGUAUUCAACACAAUCUGCUCUGCUUCUCGUCGUAGAUCUCGGCCAAGAGCGCAAAUGCUCGGAAAGAUAGUAGUCAACCAAUUCAUCUACGAGGCGGCUUCAAAAUACAAAAAUCAAUUCAACAGCGUUCCAAACUGGCUACCGCAGUACAACGACUGGAGCACUGGGAAGAUCCGUGUCUUCACUUACGAACGAAAAGACUUAUGA